UAUGUGCUGUGUUGGUGACCCUGUGCAGUGAGCUGGCUGCCAGUCACUCUCCAUGCUGUCAGUCCUCUGAAGGGACAAUACAGGCAAUAAGUACAUGGUGCAGCUCAGUGACAGGCAGCGAAAAUAUGGCUUCUGAUGUCAGUGGCAACUCAAGUAACAGUGACCAAGAGAAGAUAAGUGAUCACUUAGACCCUGAUACGUGUGAUAUUCCAUCUUAUGUCUGCGAGUUUGUCGAGAAGGAAAUUGGGAAUGAUUUUAAGUCCCUAAAGAAAGUGGCUAGUCUCAUUGAGACCAUAGCACAGGAGAAAAAAACACUGGAAGAACAGGUUCUCACCGUUUCAUCUGAAGCACCUAAACGAAUUCAGGCAGCUCUGAAAAAUGCAGAAGAUACAAAAGAGGUCAUUGGACAUCUUCUAGAGAAAGAAGCCAUUGUGAAAGAUUUAAUUGACAAACAUCUUGUUCAAUCUGCCCCAUGGAUGGAGGAUCUAGGGUUGCUGAUAGAUCAGAUGGAAGAAGUGGAGCGACAUCUUUCUUAUCUGAAAUGGAUCUCCCAAAUAGAGGAGCUUAGUGAUAACAUCCAACAACAUCUCAUGACUAAUGAUGUGGCGGAAGCUGCUAACACUUUGGUGUCUAUGGCAGAACUGGCAAUUAAGCUUCAGGAUUCAUCUUGUACCCAUUUAUUGAACUUUCUAAGAUCUACAGUUCAGUUCUGGCAUAAAAUUCUAAAGGAUAAAUUAACAAGUGAUUUUGAAGAGGUUUUAAAUCUUAUACAGUGGCCUUUUAUUGGUCCUCUUCAGUCCCAAUUCUCUCCUUUGUCAUCUUCAACCAGUCUAACAGAUGUGUACGCUAACCUGGAGACUCUUUUCUCUCAACUACUGAAGCUUCAGACAUCAGAUGAGUUAAUCGCUAAACCUAAACAGAUGCCAGAGAAAUAUUCCCUUCCAGUAUCUCCUUCAAUCACACUUCCAAUGCAGAUCAUGCUUUCACCUCUUCAGAAAAGGUUCCGCUAUCAUUUUACCGGCAACAGACAAACAAAUGCUUUAAGUAAGCCUGAAUGGUACCUUACCCAGGUGCUGAUGUGGAUUGGAAACCACUCUAAGUUUUUACAGGAGAGGAUCCAACCUAUUCUCAACAAGGCUGAUUCCUCGGUAAAUGCAAAGUUGGAGUUUACCAGAGGGCUUGUCAUGCUGGUGCUGGAGAAACUGUCUGUGGACAUCCCUUGCCUAUUGUAUGACGAUAUCUUGUUUUGCCAUCUUGUGGACGAGGUUCUUCUCUUUCAGAGAGAACUCACAUCUGCACACAGCUAUACUGGGAACCUGCCUAACUGUAUGCACAUUCUCUCUGAAGAGGUGGCUUUUCAAAGGUGGCUAACUGUGGAAAGGAAGUUGGCCCUUGAAAAGAUGGACUCAAUGCUGUCAUCGGAGUCUGCCUGGACCUCACAAUACAAAGAUAUCUCCGAUGUGGAUGAAAUGAAGGUCCCAGAUUGUGCUGAAACAUUUAUGACACUAUUGCUCGUUAUUACAGAUAGGUAUAAGAACGUUCCUACUGCCUCACGAAAGCUUAAGUUCCUGGAGUUGCAGAAAGAUCUAGUGGAUGAUUUCAGGAUACGAUUAACACAAGUGAUGAAAGAAGAGAGCAGAUCACCUCUGGCAUUCAAAUACUGUGCAAUUCUCAAUGCGGUCAACUAUAUUGGAACUGUGCUGGGAGACUGGGCUGACAAUGUUUUCUUUUUACAGCUUCAGCAGGCUGCCCUCGAGGUUUGUACAGACACUGCCUCCAGCAGUAAGUUACAGCUUGGCCAGCUGGCUUCCAUGGAAAUCUCUGUAUUUGAUGAUCUGAUUAACCUGCUGGAGCGACUGAAAAGUGACAUGCUCUCUCGCCAGGUGGAACAUGUGUUCAGAGAGGUUAAAGAAGCUGCCAGGAUGUACAAGAAAGAAAGGUGGCUGUCACUGCCGUCACAGUCAGAACAAGCUAUGAUGUCCUUGUCUAGUACAGCCUGCCCGAUGCUGCUCACACUCAGGGACCGUCUGUUGCAAAUGGAGCAGCAGCUCUGUCAUACUCUGUUUAAAACAGUCUGGCAGAUGCUGGCGGAGAAGCUGGAUAUGUUCAUUUAUCAAGAUGUUAUUUUGGCAAAUCAUUUUAAUGAAGGAGGAGCAGCACAACUCCAGUUUGAUAUGUCCCGGAAUCUCUUUCCUUUAUUUUCACACUACUGCAAAAAGCCUGAAAACUAUUUUAAGCAUGUGAAAGAAGCCUGUAUUAUCCUGAAUCUGAAUGUGGGUCCUGCCCUGCUGUUGAAGGAUGUAUUACAAUCUGCAACUCAGAGUGUGGAAAAAUCCAGUUUACACAGCAAGCUUCCUACAGCCACAGCAGCCCUGAAUGAACUUGGUAUUUAUAAAUUGGCUCCACAAGAUGUAGAGAUCCUUUUCAAUUUACGAACCAACUGGCCCAAUACUGGAAAAUAACAUAUAGAAAUAGAUCACAUAUACACUAUUUUCCUGCUUUUUAAAAUCUCUGAUGUAAAAAAGUUUUGCAACAUCAACACAGAACCCAU